AGACAGCGACUUUUUUCUCGUGGGAGUCGUGGGCUGUUGCCAUUUUAUGCCCGCCAUUGAGGUUGCGGCCUACACCCACACGCAACUCUAAAAUAGUAAAAUCUCCAUUGCAGCCGCGAAUUGAAGUUCUAUCUUUAAAUCAUCACAUUAUCAGAUUCCAGUAUUGUUUCAUGUGGGCAAUUGAUAUUGAAGUGGAAGUGAGAGCCUCAUUGUAAAGUAUUUUUUCUGAUAUAAAUUGUUUGUUUUUGUCGAAAAAAGGACCAAUGAUUACUUCAGAGGCAGUUCUACAGGUUCUGGGCAGCGGUGCGCCUGGCCUAUUCGGGUCUGAUCAAUGUUUUAGGGCAUCAGGCCGAGGACAUCCUUCUGGUUCCUUGCUACAUGUGAGAAAUAAAAGAGGCUUAAAGUAUAUGAAAAUGCUCAAAUGUUCGAACCAUUUAUACCUUAACAUUAACAAUCAGUCAUUUAUGGGGGGUUGUCGGAGAGAUUUGCAUGGAUUUGGUACCGGCCCUUUAAGGCGCAUGUGUUACAACUGCCAAAAAGCGGACAGUGUAAGUGGGAUUGCAGCGGAAAAUGGGAAUGGAGCAUGGUUUGUAGAUAAUACUAAGGGAUUUGACACGGCUCGUGAGGAUACACCAAAUGUAUUUGGGUCUGAUACAGUUAAACAGCUUGAAGUAGAAAACGAGGAUUUUGUGUCCAAUGGAAGCUUACAAACUAAUGGAACAAUCCAGGGAAUUGACAACGGGAAUAUUAGCAGCCCGUUUGUGGAUGAGGCAUGGGAACUACUGAAGGAGUCGGUUGUUUACUAUUGUGGAAACCCCGUAGGAACAAUUGCUGCAAAGGACCCAACUACUUCCAAUGUUAGCGUUCUGAACUAUGAUCAAGUCUUUAUCCGUGACUUUAUACCUUCUGGCAUAGCUUUUCUGUUGAAGGGAGAGUAUGACAUUGUUCGGAACUUCAUCCUUCAUACGCUUCAGCUUCAGAGCUGGGAGAAAACAAUGGAUUGUCACAGUCCUGGUCAGGGGUUAAUGCCUGCCAGUUUCAAAGUCCGUACAAUUCCUAUGGAUGGUGAUGACUCUGCAACGGAAGAGGUGCUGGAUCCUGACUUUGGAGAGGCCGCAAUUGGCCGGGUUGCACCAGUUGAUUCCGGACUAUGGUGGAUUAUUUUGUUACGUGCAUAUGGAAAAUGCUCGGGUGAUCUCUCGCUUCAGGAGAGAGUGGAUGUUCAGACUGGAAUUAAGAUGAUACUCAGGCUAUGUCUUGCUGAUGGAUUUGAUAUGUUCCCGACAUUGUUGGUCACCGAUGGUUCUUGCAUGAUAGAUCGGCGUAUGGGAAUUCAUGGUCACCCGUUAGAGAUUCAGGCGCUUUUCUAUUCUGCAUUACUUGGUGCACGAGAAAUGCUCACGCCCGAGGAUGGUUCGGCCGACCUUAUUCGAGCAUUGAACAACCGUCUUGUUGCUUUAUCAUUCCAUAUAAGGGAAUAUUAUUGGACCGAUAUGAAAAAACUAAAUGAGAUAUACCGUUACAAGACAGAAGAGUACUCAUAUGAUGCUGUUAACAAGUUCAACAUCUACCCCGAUCAAAUUCCCCCUUGGCUGGUUGAAUGGAUGCCGAAUAAAGGAGGUUAUCUAAUUGGAAACUUGCAACCCGCUCACAUGGAUUUCCGGUUCUUUUCUCUCGGAAACUUGUGGUCUAUAGUCAGCAGUCUUGCUACGGUCGAUCAGUCACAUGCCAUAUUAGAUCUCGUUGAAACAAAAUGGGCUGAUUUGGUAGCGGGCAUGCCGUUCAAAAUAUGUUAUCCCGCUCUUGAAGGUCAGGAGUGGCAGAUCAUCACAGGGUGUGAUCCCAAGAACACGCCUUGGUCUUACCACAAUGGAGGUUCUUGGCCAACUUUGCUCUGGCAGCUUACCGUGGCUUGCAUUAAGAUGAAUCGACCAGACAUUGCAGCAAGAGCUGUUGAAGUUGCAGAGAAACGCUUAGCACAAGACAACUGGCCAGAAUACUACGACACCAAAAGUGCGAGGUUCAUCGGGAAACAGGCUCGCCAAUUCCAAACUUGGUCAAUUGCCGGAUACCUCGUUUCAAAACAACUGCUUUCCAACCCCAGCGCAGCCAAGAUUCUGAUUACCGAAGAGGACUCCGAGCUUGCCAACGCUUUCUCUUGUGCCAUCAGUUCGAACCCCAGGAAGAAAAAACGAGGCCCAAAAAGUUCACAGAAGACCUACAUCAUUUAAGUUUCGAGCGUUAUUGUCAAGCGACUGUUUAUCUAUGACUGUGGUAUUGCACAUCUGUACAGUUCGGGUUUGCGGGAUUUCAGAGUAGAGACGAUAUAAUCUCGAGUAUAUAGUUAGCUUCUUUAAGUGGAACUAUUAAGUGUUCUUGCCAUUUAUAAAGGACAUAAGAUCCACUACUGUUUUAUCUUUGCAUUCUCUUAGAGACUUAGAGCUCUUAUUGUGGUAUAUGUUUAGGAGUCUUUUGCCCAACAGGAUGUUUUUGCACUUUUGCAGUACUCUUUAGUAAUAUGUAACUUUUUUACUAUGUAAAUAUCUAUAUAUAUGCAAAAUAAAUAAAUAAAAUAAAAAAUCAAAA